UGUGGUCAUGGACUGCUUCUUGUUUCCUGAGUCGGUUGCAAGAAGGAAACCGUGCACCAGGGGGUGUGGAGGUCCAGGGGCUCAGAGCAGGACCUCCACCUGCACGUCCUGGGGCAAAGUGGCAGGGAGAGGGCUGUGUCUGCCCCAGGCCUGCUCCUCCUUUGGACUGCAAGACUGAAGACGGGAUCUCGGUUCAGGAAGAAGGGGCGCUAUGAUCACGGAGUUCCUGUCCCUGCUUUGCCUUGGGCUGAGUCUGGGCCAUGAAGAGGAGAAGAAUGAGAGACUUCCCAAACCCUCCCUCCGCGCCUGGCCCAGCUGGGUGGCCGCGCGCGACAGCAGCGUGACGCUGACGUGCCAGGCUCCCUUCCCGAAUGCAACGUUCGAGCUGCGCAAGGCGCACGAGCCUAGGGACCCGCGGGAGCAGAGCUCGGCCGGCCGGGGGGCUGCGUUCCCCCUCUCCCGCCUGCGGCCUGAGGACGCCGGGAGGUACUUCUGCGCCUACAAGACCCGAGCCUCCGACGCGUGGUCAGAGGCCAGCGAGCACGUGCAGCUGGUCGUCACCGGGUCACUCCCGGAACCUUCCCUCUCACUCAACACAGAUCCUGGGACAACUCCUGGUCACAGGACACUCCAAUGUCUGAUCCCAUACAAUGGAACUGAAUGUAUCGCAAUUGCCCUGCUGAAAAACGGGGUCCCAGAGCUGUCACAAGUCAAGGAAGUAAGAAAAAACCAAACUGAUUUCAUGCCCUGGAACGUGACCAGCAAUGACAGUGGGAACUACAGCUGUGUAUACUACCAGUGUAACUCACCACACUUGGGCUCCCGCCCCAGCAACAGCCUGGAGAUCUGGGUGACAGAUAAACACGAUGAACUCGGAGGUCCCUCAAUAAAAAAAGCAGACACCAGGAUCAUCUUUUUCGCCCCUGUCAGCUGCAUCUCCAUCAUUCUCCUCUUCCUCUCGGUCGUCUGCAUAUACAGGCACACUCAGCGAGGUUCAUCAACGGAAGAACCUAGAGCUUCAACACAUGAAGAAUCCGCUGAGAGUACCAGCCAUUCCGAAUCUCCCAAGCCGGAUGCUACAGAUGUAUCCAAGACGGAAAGGACGUCUCUCUUGACUGAAGAUCCCCAGGGAGUGAGCUAUGUGGAGCCAAAUGUCAGCGCACUGUCUGAGGCAGCUUCUGCCCCCACCAAGGAGCCCCCGGGAUGUGUUGAAUACACAACACUGAAAGUGUAGAAAGAGGAUGGCGAGACCCCUUGGAGGAGGAUGGAGUGAGGCCGUUGGAAAUAAGGAAACCUGGAGACUCUCUGUCCCUGGCUCCUACUCCGUGUCAACCAAAUUAAGCUCUUCAUCUUUAAAAAAUCUGACUUAUUUGUGGAUUACCCAUGCCCAAGAGCCCCACCACACUAUCUCUACCCCACGUUUCCCCACAGAACAAUUCAAGGAAAGAAUACUGAUCAACCAUCCAGCAAGCAGUUAUUGAACACCUCUGGGAAGCACACGCAAAAAAGGAAAUGGUCAAAUGGAUUCGGUUCCCUUUGAUGACCUGUUUUACCCCAUGAUGGGGAAAUAGAAAAAUUAAAAUACAGAUGUCGGUAAUAAUUAUGCAAAAACAGAAGCUAGAGAAAAGAAAAUGCUAUUAAGAAAAUCAUAAAGAGAAAAAAGUGUAUUUACUGUUCAUUAAGUGGAUCACCAUAAAGGGCUGUAUCCUCUUCAUCUUUAGGUUGAGUUGGCUGAGGAGGAGGAGGAAGAGGAGGGGUUGGUCUUGUGGACUCAGGGGUGGCAGAGGCAGAAGAAAAUCCACGUGUAAGUGGACCCAUGCCUUUGAGACCCAUGUUGUUGAAGGGUCAGCUGUAUGUUGUUGCAAGGAUUUCUCUGAGUGUUGACUUUUUUGUUACAAAGUCACUGAACGGUCACAUAUCUAUAAACACAAAUAUGUGA